AUGGCAACAUCAAGUUGUGGAGGGCUGGGCCUCUCCAUCAUUGGGCUGGGCGCUCAAUAUCCACCAAAUAGCCUCAAGCCGGACGAGGUCAACAAGCUUGCAACCAAGUUCUACCCAGACUCGCCCGCUAUGCAGAAAGUCCUAUCCAUCAACCAAUAUACUGGCAUCGAAACCCGCUCCUCCAUCGGAACCUCAGACCACCCCGUGGUGAACGAACCCAAUGCGCCGUCGAUAGCGCAACUACACGAGGUGUUCAUGUCAGAUGGUGUACCACUAGCUAUCGAAGCCUCGAGGAAAGCUGUGGCAGAGGCGCGGAUCGACCUCUCGGAGAUCACCCACAUCGUGUCAACAACAUGUACAGACAGCGCGAACCCAGGUUUCGACCACUACGUUGCGAAGGGCUUAGGAAUCACACACCAGCUAGAGAAAGUCCUGCUGCACGGUAUUGGUUGCUCGGGUGGCUUAGCGACACUGCGCACAGCUGCCAAUCUCGCCCUGGGACACAGCAUGAGGCGGAAACCGGCGAGGAUAUUAUGUGUCGCACUCGAGGUGAGCACGACUAUGGUGCGCAGCGAGUUGAACAGCAUCAAUGAGUUGCAAGAGAAGCGAAUCGGUGCAUGUCUCUUCUCCGACUGCGCAAGCGCGUUGGUCCUCAGCAACGGAAUUGGCGAGCCGACAGCAGAGCCGGUAUACAAGCUCCUCGGAUGGGAACACAAGAUAAUCCCCGACACCGAACACGAUCUCGGUUUUGACGUGGACCCGGUCGGAUGGAAAGUGAUUCUGUCACCACGGGUACCGAAGCUGACAGAUCAAGUGGUUGCGCCGAGCUUCGCCGAGCUCCUGGAGACCGUGCCGGACUUACCAGUCGGGUAUCGUGAAGCGGCUGACUUUGACUGGGCGAUGCAUCCGGGCGGUGCGACAAUCUUGAUGAACACUGAGCGAACCAUGUGUAUCACCCCUGAGCACAUGCGCGCCAGCUACGACCGGUACAUGAACCACGGAAACUCAAGCUCUGCGACCAUCUUCAGCGUCAUGGACCGCUUGCGCAGUAAAGAUAUGGACGCCUGCGCUCCUGGAGGACGCGCUCGGGAAUUUGUUGUGGGCUGUGCGUUCGGUCCGGGCAUUUCGGUGGAAAUGUGCAUGUUAAAACGCAAUAUGGGCGCGCGCGGAGUUCAGACGCCCCCGGAGACUGACAGCGAGGCCAGCAGGAGUGAGACGGGCGAGGAGGUGGACUGGGCGAGCAUCGAUCCGAAAGAGUCGUCUCCGGCUACACCAGAGCCCACGGUUCUGGAGAAGGGGGGCGCAUCAGUCACAGACCAGAAGUUCAUCAGCGAAGCGCUUGCAGGCGUUGAAUUAGACUAG